AAGAACGAUGAAUACAAGUGAAUACUGGUUGAUAUCUGCCCCGGGGGAGAAAACAGGACAGCAGACCUUUGAUCGGCUCAACCAGGCGACCAGUAAACAGCAGUUGUCGACAAACUCUAAAUUUAACAUCCCUGAUUUAAAGGUUGGGCAGAUUGAGUCUGACUUAAAGAACAAGGCGGCCGCCUACAACGGGCUCAAGAGUAGUUUACAGAAUAUUGAGAAGAAACAAACUGGGUCCUUGGUGGCUCGCAAUCUUGGAGAUCUUGUGAAAAAGGAACACUUUGUGCUUGACUCUGAGUAUUUAACAACCCUACUUGUUGUUGUUCCUCUCUCUACCAUCAAUGAUUGGAACCUUAAGUACGAAAAGCUCACUGAUAUGGUGGUUCCCAGGUCCUCACAGCUGGUGUACCAGGAUAAUGACCACGCCCUAGUCACCGUCUCUCUGUUCAUCAAGGUGGUCGACGAGUUCAAGAACAAGGCUAGGGAGUGCAGGUUCCUUGUCAGGGACUUCUCAUACAAUGAUGAAGAGCUUAAAGCUGGAAAAACUGAGCUGACUAAACUUCACACAGACAAGAAGAAACAGUUUGGACCUCUGGUUCGAUGGUUAAAGGUAAACUUUGGUGAGUGCUUCACUGCCUGGAUUCAUGUGAAGGCACUUCGUGUUUUCGUAGAGUCAGUUCUCAGAUUUGGAUUACCGGUUAAUUUCCAGGGAAUGCUUCUUCUUCCUCAGAAGAAACAAAUGAAGAAACUCAGAGAGGUUCUCAACGAUCUGUAUCUACAUCUAGACACAGCAGGGACAAUUGGAGGAUCUGAAGAUAUCCCAACAGGACUGGGUCUGGGACAGGGAGAGUACUACCCCUACGUCUACUACAAGAUGAACAUUGAUAUGAUCGCAACAACUUCAGUUCUCAAUUAAUCGAAAAAAAAUCGUUUUCCUUGUCUAAUUAGUGUGUAUUUGAGGGAGAUUUUAAUUGUUUAAUUCGUCCUUCUUAUGUAAAGUUUCGCGGAUUUUUAAAUCUAGUUUUUCCCUCAUUUUCCGAUCUGACUCGAUGCGUUAGAGAAAUUAAAUAUUUAUUAUUUAUGAAUGUUGAUAGAAUAAAGCUGGUUUAUCAUUUUAUUGAAAAUCUUAAUUUUAUAUUUUAUUAUUUAUUUGUGCAGAAAAGUGAAGGUUUUCAAAACAAUUUUUUAAGCCCUUGAUAAUUAGUUUAGUUUGUCAUUUUCUAUAAUUUAACUUUUUGAUUGUAACUAGUCGACCUGAAAAGUGUUAAUUUUUUCUGUGCAUUUUCAAUUGUGAUUUUAAUACACUCAUGGGCAUCAAACUGUACAUGGAGUUUAUCUUGGUCCUGCUUCAUCUCUGUUUGUUUACAGA